UUUUAAUAAUUUUAUUUAUUUGUUAGAAAGGAGGAGUUUUCGCAGCAUUUUUUAACAGACACAUUGUGACAUAUAAGGGUUGCGCCUCUGUUGGCCUCAGCACUGCAACCAACCGACGUCAACCAGAAAUAGCGAGCUAGCCAGUUGUUGUUUUGGGGGAAUAAGAAAAGAGCUGCAAGCGGAAGAAACACCGGAUUUGGGCUUUUUCCUCUUCGCUCAUUUAGUUUUUUUCAAAUUGUUUUUGUAUACACAACUGAAAUAAUGUCUACGCCCGCAAGGAGACGGCUAAUGAGGGAUUUUAAAAGACUUCAGGAAGACCCUCCCACCGGUGUGAGCGGAGCGCCGUCUGAGAACAACAUCAUGCUGUGGAACGCUGUUAUUUUUGGGCCUGUGGGGACGCCAUUCGAAGAUGGAACAUUUAAGCUGCUGAUAGAGUUUUCAGAGGAGUAUCCCAACAAGCCCCCCACGGUUCGGUUCGUCUCCAAAAUGUUUCAUCCAAAUGUUUACGCUGACGGCAGUAUAUGUUUAGACAUUCUUCAGAAUCGCUGGAGCCCGACGUACGACGUGUCGUCCAUACUCACGUCCAUCCAGUCGUUGCUUGAUGAGCCGAACCCCAACAGCCCGGCCAACAGCCAGGCGGCGCAGCUCUACCAGGAAAACAAGAGGGAGUACGAGAAGCGGGUAACGGCCAUCGUGGAGCAGAGCUGGGUGGACGGCUGAGCGUCUUCCUCUCCGUACCCAUCGUCUUCAUCACCCCUCCUCAUCAUCAUCCCUCUUCUUCAGCCGCUCAUCAAGAAACAACAGUAACUAUCAAAACUCAAGUGCCACCCUGAUAAGUAAAAAGGAAAACCAAAUCUGAACAGACAUCAAGUUGCUUACCGAUGCAUUGUAGGAAAUCUGGGGUGUUGGGUUUCCAUCUUGAAUUGUGUUUCUUGUCUUUUUUAUUGCAUGGUGUGGGAUAAGUUAUUGCUAAGAAAACUUGUAAUAUAUGUUUGGUUGGACUAAAAGCGGUUAAUGCCCAAGUUUUA